AUGAUAGGGGGCAUCCUAAUCUCGCUGAUCCUAACCACGGAGGUGCGGAGGAAUUUUCUGUAUAAGAGCCACUUGACAUACCUGUGGCUGCUCCUAACGUUGCUGUGCAGCGUGCUGGUUGUCUCUCUCCUGGCACUCAGCAGGAGGGGAUAUAAAACCAAGUGGAAGAUUAAAGGGAAGGUCUUCCCUCCGGGGGAUGAACGUCAAGCAAGUGCACUUAGAGCUGGCCACCCAUUUGGGAGCUUCACCAUCGGGGCGUAUCACCACAGGGAGAAUAUCCCACCAGGGCUUCUGAACCAAAAGGGGGAUCCCCCAUUUCUGCGUUUGCACGAGAAGGGGGUCAUUGGCCCUUGGCAGUUGCUCCUGCAGAUACAUCGAGACAACUUCUUCCCGUCGUUUUUCUUCCCCUUCCUCUCGGCCCUGCUGGCUUCGAAAUUUGACGUUUUGAGCUCUGGCGCGGCGAAGCUCUCCCUCGCCCUCGUGAACGAGUUCCUCCUCGGCAGCGUCUUCCUGCGAUACGUGCGGGUGAACGCCUGGGCCUACCUCCUCUUCCACGGCCUCCUCUUCCUCGCGACGCUUGGUGCAUUGCGAAUUCAAGAGAGCUUGGCCACCUGUUCCCUCUGGUUUGCACUCAACUUUGGCUUCUACCACAUGAUCGCCAUAGGGGCCUUUCGGCUGACGGAUGGGGUGUUUUCCUUCCUGGAGGGGGCCACGGUGAGCGUGGCGGGGACCCUCCUCCUGGACGCUUGCGCAUACGGCCUUUUCCACGAGCACCUGGACGGGGGUGUCGUUCCGAGUGUGUUGGCUGUCUUCCUCAGUGGGGUGGCCCUCAGUUUGACCCUCUACGCCGCGUGCUGCGCGUACCUGCUGCGGAAGGCGGACGACCAGAAGGGGAAGCUCCUCUUCGCCUCGCUGGCGUUCCUUCUGUACAACCUCCUCAACCUCGGCGCCAGACGAUACGACUCCGUGAGUGAAGUGGAGACCACCGCGAUGCAAACCUUGGUCCACCUGCUAUGGCACCAGCGGAAUUACAUUUUAAUUUUCGCCUGGCUGGUCAUCACCACUCUGUACGUAGCCUACAUUGCCCAGUUGGCGAGGAGAAAGGGGAACCUGUCUUACCUGCGGAAGCACUACCAUUUCCUGCUCUUUGUGAAUGCCCAGAUGUCUUUUUUCUCCGGGAAGGCGGAGCUCCUUGUGGUGGCCCUCUCCUUCGCGUUUCUCCUGCUGCUGCUCCUGGAAGUCGCGCGAAAAAUCUGCGAGGCGCUGUCGCCGAAUCACAACACGCUGCACAAGUUCAUCACCAGGUUUAUUGACGACAGAGAUAGGAGGGGCCUGGUCGUCACGCACAUUUACCUCUUGGCCGGGGUGUACCUCCCAAUCGUGGCGGACGCACUGCUGAACAGCCAGAACUACCUGCGCAAGGGAACCCGAAGUGUCUUCCUCUUCCGAGACGCAGACCUGAUUCUCUACAGCUCGGGGCUGAAUGCCAUUUGCAUAGGCGACUCAUUUGCCGCCAUCGGGGGGCUUCUCUUCCCCACCCCGAAGAUCAAAAACACGAACAACAAGUCGUACGCAGGAUUUCUCUUUUUUUUUUGUUCUACAUUUUUGUCGCUUUUGCUUGAGAGCUACUUCGUUCAAAAAACGCCGUUGGCCAGCUUGACCGCCAUUUUUAUGAUAUCCCUCUUCGGCGCCCUAUUCGAGGCAUACCUCCACGACAUAGAUAAUUUGAUACUGCCCAUGUUCACCUUUUGCGUACCAUCGGACAUUACAAUUCUCGAGCACAAGUACGCAAGAAAGAAUGAAAAGAGAAGAAUCAAUUUUUUUAAGAAGCUGUUUAUCCAUUGUUCCUUUUUUACCAUUGGAAAUAACUGCAACAAGUUGAGCAGCCAUGACGUGAUUAAGGUCCUUUCGAAUGUGUACGCAGAUGAUCCAAGUGAAAGUAAAAAUCUUAAUUCGGUUAACAUUAUGAACAUUUUAAAUACAAGACAGAGGGACAUCGAGAAGCAGGUCCAGUGCAAGCUGUUCUCCUUUCUGGGCUUCCUGCUGCUGCCCCUGUACAGCCUGAACAAGUUCAAGUACUACGACGCCAAGAGCAAAAUGAUCGUCGCGCCCUUUUUUUCCAUCGCGGGGAUUUACCUGGGCUCCUUCCUCGGGAACGUGGCCACCGGCAGAUUUUCGGACUACAAACGAUCGAAGUUCCUUGGGACGCUACCGGCACACGUUUUUUUGAAGGAGUGA